AUGAGCCAUUUCCUUGCCGCUUGCGAACUUCCAUUCAGCAUUCUCAUCGCGCUCUUCUUCAUCACCGAGAAUUCGUACAUAGUGAUUGAGAAUGCUCUUCGAAUCGUUCCCGAUUUGGAAUUAAGCAUUCCGUUCCUUAAUGUGCUUGUCAUCGCCUUCGCUGUCAUAUCGAUCUUUGGAGCGUUCUCAAAAAAGAGACAUAUGGUGGUGUUCACAUUGGUCUUCAACCUCUUCGCUUUCAUCUACGCCAUGUUCAAUUUGUUCCAUGUCGUUCACUAUGUCGUCAAUCAGAUGUCGCAUCAUCAGUGUCACGAGCUCAGCAAGCAGUUGAGGCUCAGCGAGUCGCAAUGCUGGAUUGCCGAUAUCGUGUUGGUGUUGAACGCGCUUCAAUGCGUACUGGCUACGGCAAUCGCUUCAAUGGCUGUCUAUCAACGAUUGACCAGCGUAGUGCUGCCAAUCUCGGAUCGCAACAUUGCCACAAGAAGAUCAGCACUUCCGCUGAUCGCCGAGCCCAAUGUCCCACGGCUCACCGCCCAGAAUCGUGUGAGAUCGCCGUUGCGAAGUGUCGAGAAGACGGAUGAACCAUUAACUGACCUUUACCGCGGCGCACUCGAAAUGACAUUUUCUCACCAAAUGCGGCAACUCGUCGUUUUGCUCGCGUUGACGAUUCUCGAUGCGACGGCGUUGAGUCGUGUGAAGCGACAAUGCUGCAACGCGGCGACGUCGUCGUGUUGCGGCCCGCCGACGGCAUUCUGUGUGCCCAUCUGUAUGGCUCGAUGCCAAUCGUCGUGCACAACACCGUUGUGCAGCUCGCAGUGCUCCAAUCAAUGUCAUCAGCAAUGCUCGACGGUGACCGUGCUCACACCGAGCUGCUCAUCGUGCCAGCAGGCGUGCGCCACGGCGUGCACAACUCCAUCGUGCAUUCAGACGUGCCAGACGAAUAGCUGCGCAUCGUUGUGCGCCAAUGUCAACCCGUGCCAAUCGUCGUGCCAAGCCAAGUGCCUUCAGAUCUGCACGACGCCGUCAUGCUCAACAACGUGCUCAAACUCGUGCAAUAAUGCGUGCAGCACCAACUCGAAUCCGAUUGUCAUUGUGCUGCCAUCGACGAGUGGAAGAAGCUGUCAGAACAGCUGUCAGAAUCAAUGCGCCAUCGCCUGCACGACGCCGGUGUGCCGCCAGACGUGCCAGAGCACGUGUCUCGCCUCGUGCUCAUGCUCGGGCAACUCUUGCGCAGCUCCCAUCACCACCACCACCACCGCUGUUGUGUUGAGCGCCUGCGAGAAGGGUUGCGUGAACACGUGUACCAACAGCUGCCAGGCGACGAGCACCGCCCAAAUCUGUCUGCCGGCUUGCCGUCAAACGUGCCGCUCGACGUGCAACAACGCUAGCACACUGGUGAUCCCGUGCGUUCCGACAGGCUCGAGAUGCACGUGCGCCGUCGGCUAUUCAAAAUGCGGACCACAAUGCUGUCGAGUGUAG